AUGAGCGAACAGAUUCAAGAAAUAUUUUCAUUCAAUGAUAUCAACGUUGAUGAAUUUCAACCAAAUUUAUCAUCAUUCACCAACUUGGUCGUUGAUAAGAAGAAUUAUCCAAUUGUAAACUUACCAUUUCCUCCGUUAAUUGAACCAAAGGAUUUGAUUAUCAAGAAGAAAUCCUUACAAGAGAAUCCAGAUGGUAAACCAUCCAGAGCUCCCAAUGCUUUCAUAAUUUACCGCAAAGCAUUUGUUAAAGCCACACGUGACCAAGGAUAUAUGUUACCCAUGACACUUAUCUCGUCAAUGGCUUCUGCAUCUUGGGACCAAGAAAAUGUUGUGGUCAAAGAAGAAUACAAGAGAAUUGCCAAAGAGACUCACAAAUUAAUUAAAGAAAUGUACCCAAAGAAAUCCAAUCGAAGAAAGCGUAAAGAUAAAUGGAACCUCGUUUCUUUUCAAAAUAAAUCAUCCGAUAAUAAUAAAUUCGAUAGCAUUAUCACAGAAACAAGUCCGAUACAAACAAACGACGAAUAUUUAACAGAAGAAUUAAACAAUGUAAAUUUGCCAAAUUCUUUUCAAGAAUAUCUUAAUCAACCCAUAAAUGAUUUUUCGGAAAUGUAUUCUGAUUUAACAUUUGAUGGAUUAUUUGAUAUUUCUUCUUCUACAUCAAUAGACGAUUUAAAAGAACAUGUAACUUAUAAUAAUCCUCGGUCUUCCUCUUUGGAUAUGACAUUGGCUGAAGCUUUUUGCAUUAUAAAUUCGGAAAAUUUUGAUUUAGGAUUCGAAUUCUAA